UCCCUUAUAAUACAGGAGUGUUACUCAGAGUUCCCUGUAUACUUGAUCCUGCAGCCUUAUAGCUUUAUAAGUUACAGUAGGUGGGGUACAUUAUCCCUUAUAAUAGCCUAUGUGAAGAAACUGUGACUGUGUGGUAGCAUUCUCUAUUUGUCCAAUAUAAAAAAAUAGUGCUGUUGAAAGGGACUAUCAUUUAUCCCAUAACUAGGUUUGUUUAUAGAUGAUAGCUGUAAUAAAGCCCUAUACAUUUAUACAGAUUGUGAUGUGUUGUUUUUCUUACUGUUAUAGGGUUGUCUAACUGUACAUAACUUUCAUUGCACCCUAAAAAAGGGUGUGGAUUACUGAGAAUGGAUGGAAUUUUGGGUACAUCAGGCAUUUGGGUGCAGCUGGGGCAGAUCAGAGGCAUGCAGGGAGUAGGGUGAAUUUUUUGUUUGGGGAAGCUAUUAACUGAAUGGUUUCCAUUAGAGAAUAUAUAUUUUUCCUUUAUUUUUGUAGUGCUUAAAUAUUUUGCUGCACUGUGGAAAGCUUAUACAUCAGUCCCUGCACGGGUGGAGUUUACAACCUAUGAUCCCUGUGCUUUUACACAUACUGCGGUCAACAUGGUUGCAAGUGACCAGUAAAACAAAUGUUUUGUACACCAAUUUAACUUGCAAAAAGCAUUUAGACCCCGGUCUGAUUUUGUAAUUAUUGUGAUUAGUGCAUUAAAAUAACCCAAUAACUGACAUUUUGUCUCCUAUGAGCUCACUGUGAAUGUGACAGGCAAUUUACACUGAAAAAGCAAUAUCUAACAUUUCCCAAGCUGGGGCACCUGGUCCUUUGGUGUGUAUUUGUCUUUCCCCCACAGUACAGCUCUUGGGAAUAGGUGUGACCUUUAGAAAUAAAAGAUAACAAACAUCAGGCACUAGCUCUAUCAUGCGCCAUUCAUUCUGUAGGAGCUGCAUCUUUCCCUUGGUCUAGCUGUGAAUGCUGCAUUGUGAUGCAUAGUGGCAGCUGGGUACCUUCUCUGUUUCCAUAGCAACCCCUGGGCCUAUUUCAUGUCUGCUGCAUCUACUGCUACGUAACUCUCCUCAUCCUCCCACCAAACCUAUUACUUUCGCUCCAGCCCUUUUCAUUACUCUCUCUUUCGCCAUUUCUGUCCUUCUCUCCUAGUUUCCCCUAGUUUUCUGCCUCACUCUGCGUACAAAUCUCUCUAUUUGUUUCCUUCUCUCUUCCCCUCUAAACCGGAUUGCUUCUGACAACUGCAAGAAUCUUCUAGUCUCCCCAAAUACCAGUGCUGCAGGUCCCUCAGCCAGAAUGUCCAGAACCGAUGGAGAUUCUUUAGAACCUCUGCUGGCCCCACUUGAGCUGGAGUGCAAGAUUUGCUAUAAUGGUUUUGAUGCAAAGCAGCACCGUCCCAAAGUACUGAGUUGUGACCACCGCCUAUGUGCCCGUUGCCUCAAAAAGAUGGCCUAUUCCUGGGGUCCUGGGCCCCCCAAUUCUUUGUGCUGCCCAUUCUGCCGCCAAGAGACUCCUCUUCCUGAGGACCUGCAGCUCAUACCAGAUGACAGAUCACUGAUUUCCAAGCUCAGCUGCAAUGAAAGGACUCGCAGGCAUGGCUGCUCUGUUGCCCCAGAGGUUCUCCUUAGCCCUGGAAACUUAUGUGGGGGUCCUAGUUCCUCUGAGUGCCUAGUCAUUACCAUCAUGGAGGUUACUGAGGAGCCCCCAAGUCCUGGAGAAGAUUUGGCAGUGUUGGAUAUCUUGAGCGUGAAGAUCUCAUCCAGCCUAGCAUGGCUACCAGGUCCUUGUGCUCCUCAUCGAUGUUGCCCGUGUCGGCCAGUACCACGAGUUCUUCUUGGUUUUCUGUGCCUCAUUUACUUUAGCUCACUGCCUCUUGGUGUGUACCUCUUGAUGAUUCAACAACUUCCACUUGGCAUUGUCCUUGUUAGUUUAGUGCCAUGCACCCUUGUGCUUUGCCUCCUAUGCCAGUGUUUGUGCCACGAGCUGGCUGCCAGCCUUGUUGACUAACACAAUUUUGUGCUGUACCCUACCAGCACAGUGAAUAUAUUGUGCCAACACACUAGCACCAGCACCACCACUGUCUGUGCCAAACUUCCAUACUGUCCCACUUCACUCAAAAUGCCCAGUCCUAUGCCCUACUGUACCCUUGGAUUGGAAAAAUCUACUAUAUAUACUCAGGUUAUGCCAGACCUGUACCUCCAUCCUUCAUUAAGUGUGUACAGAGAUUGUGCUCUGCUCUGAUGCAAAUUUUUGGAAACCAUUAAAGACAUCACCAGCCACUGUGUCCCUUGGCAAUCCAUGUUUAUAAGAUCUGAUGAAUCUUCAUAACACCUGCUACACUUUGUAUGUUUCUUCCAUAUGGCAUCAAGGAUCAUAUUUAUUUAUAUGCCAAGGCGCUGCUUUUAGCCUCAAAUUAACCCUAUGCUGAAGUGCCCUGUGGGUAUCUCCAUUCUCUAUUGGUUGACAGAUGUAUAUGCAUGUAGACGUGUUCUGCAUUUACUUGGGUUUAUGUGUCCUGAGCUGAAAACAGCACUCGGGUAGGCAAAUAGCAUAUUAAGGAAUAAAUUCUAUAAACUUCUAUAUCUAGAUACUGUAUCUAUCUUAAUAAUAAUUGUGUUGUUGCUGCAAUGAUCAGGUUUAAUAAUAAUAUACUAUCCAAUAAAAAUAUUGAUGGACCUAUCUGUGGUUUUACACAGGUAACACUAAAGCCUACAGCACUCUGAGCAGAAAUAAAAUUUAUGGUACCAAAAUG